UUAAGUGAAUUUACUUGUUUGUUGUGUAAUUGAAGUUUGAUUAUUUAAUUAUGUUCAUUAUCUAAUUAUCAUGUGAUAUAAUAUAAUUUUUCCACCAUGAAGUAGUUUAAACGAAGUAAAUUCAACGAUUAAUGUUAAUAUACUUGUGAAUCGAUGAUAAUCCAAUACCUUUGGAUUUUUGUCUUCGCUUCUUAUUCCCAAUGGUGAAAAUCAUAUGUUGUUUUUAGCGAAAAUUUUUUUUAGCUUUUUCUUUUGUUGAAGAAACGAAAACCAUUGAAUCAAUGGAUCAAUUUUGAUCUUUAUUCAAUUGGUGUUUUCUCUUGUAUCAUUUAAUCUUCUUCUUCUUCUUCUUCUUCUCCCGGUGUGAUUUUAUUCUUCCAAUUCUUUCGGUGGUUCGGAUUGUUAAUCCAUCUUGUUGAAUGUGGAAACAAUAAAUUAAUGAGGUUCAUCUUAAUUUCUCUUGAUCGUAAACACAAUGACUGCUGAAGAUGCUGAUUGUCUACCAUCUUUACUACCAUCGGGUGAUCAUAAAUUAUCACUUACCAGUGAUGAUGAUGGCGGAGGCUGUGGAUAUGAUAAGGUUGAUGCUCUUCCAGCUGAUAUGAAAUUUACUUGGCUCGAUGGAUUGGCCAUUCUAUUUUCAAUUGGUUCUUUUCUCUUUGACAUUGGUACCGAUAUUGCCGUUGCCGUGAUCCAUUUUACCAAUAAAGACUAUUGGUAUUUCGGUUUAACAUUAUCAUUUAUCCUUUUUCCAACCUUGGUAAUGACCGGUAUCAGUUUACGUUGGUAUGUUUUAGAUGCUCGCGAAGAGGGAUCACCUAAAGUAUCAACCACCCAAUGGACAUUGAGAGUAAUUUUUCUUCUCUUUCAAUUGGGACCAAUUUUACGUUACAUUGAUUCCCUAAUCUAUGGGAUUAAAUUUCUACAACAUAAAUCAAACAAAUUGGAACAGAAAAAGUAUUACCAUUACAUGGUUUAUGAAGAUACUGAUGCAACUAUGUUAAGGUUAUUUGAAUGUUUCAUGGAAGCGGCUCCUCAAUUGGUUUUACAAAUUUAUAUUCUCGCAGUUCUUAAAUCACCUUAUGGAGAUGAUCAUCUAAUGGUUUUAACACAAAUCGCUGCCUGUAUUGCCUCAUUGGUUUCACUUUCCUGGUCACUUGUUUCCUAUCAAAGGUCAUUAAGACUUUCCCUUCCAAAUAAAGUUUCCCUUACCUGGCAAGGAAUUGGAGUCCAAUUUUUGUGGAGAUUUUUCGUAAUUGCAGCUCGAGUUUUAGCUUUAGCCUUAUUCGCCUCAAUCUACAAUUGGUACAUUAGUAUUGUCUGUGGAGUUCAUUGUAUAAUCAUGUUCGCUUGGAUUGUCUCAAUGAAAACCUCUUUCUGUGAGAAUCGUUGUGAAGAGCUUGGUUAUAAUGCUGUUCUCGCUGUUAUGUACAUUUUCUGUUAUUUUAAUCCGGUCGAUAGUCCAACUCGUUAUCGUUAUACAAUCUAUUAUAUAUUUAUGUUCUGUGAAAAUACUCUUCUUAUGGUUCUAUGGUUUACCCGAGCUGAAUCACACCUUUGGUACCGAUUACCAGCCCUAGUAGGACAUUACAUGAGCUUUUUCACCGGUCUACUUUUCAUGGCAGCUUAUUACCUUUUAUUUCAUCCCUCUGAAGAUAUUAAAUUGUAUCGAAAUCGUGAUCUAGAUCAAGAUGAAACUGAUCGUCAACAAUGUGCUCGAUUAGGUGGUUACAAGAGACAAAGUCACAAUGGUUUAUGGACAACACAAGGACGAGUCUUACAUCCAAGACCUGCAGUUCCCACCGCUUUAUCAUCAUCAUCUCAUAAGGAUUGUCGAUCAGCCAAAUCAAAGGAAUCAAAUAACAUUAAAAUGCGACAACAAUCAACACCAACACCACCACCAAGUGAUAAAGAAUCGUCUUCAAUGAUUACUACCAAAGGAACUUGUGUCUAAUCAAUUGGACAAUUUCUCAUUUAAUUAAUUAUCGACAGAAUUAACUCAAUUAUCAAUAUGGAAAUGAAUAAUAUUCUCAUCGUUAAAAAUGAAAAAAAAAGCAUUUAAACCUUGGUUAAUUCAUCAACAAUCUUACAAAUUACUCAAAAUAUUUUCUACCAUGACAAUUAAUUGUUUGGAAAAACAAGCAGAGACUUGGAUACAAUCAUCCAAAAUUCUGGAGAAAACUGAUCGUAAUUAACUAAUGGAAAAAUAGAAAACAAAUACAAUUGUUUAUAUAUAUUUUCGAUAAUAUAUAUUAGUUGAUCAGUGGACACACAAACAAAUUAAAUCCAAUGUUGCUAAGCAAGAUGACCAUCAAUUGACUGACCAGUUGAACAUUUUAAUUGCCGAUGUUAACAUGAUUAAAUUACUAUUGAUCACUCACCCCUCCAAUCAAAUAUACACAAACAACUCACACACAAUACAAUUUACCAAUAUUACUUAAAUCAGUCAAUUAUAAAUACAAUGAUAAUCAAUUAGUUAAAAAGGAAACACAAAUCAGUUUUAAUCUUGACACUUAAAUCUUAAUAUCAUUGCAAUUAUAUCUCAAUCACGUUAUCAUUUAAUUAUCUCUGGAAGUUGAUGGUACAAUUAUCACUUAACUAUUAUGAACAAUUAACAUUGUCUCUCAUUUACAAUUACUACAAAAUCGCAGCUACAAAUCACUAUUAUCAAGAUGAAAUUAAACAGAAGGAGAUUAAGAAGCUGAUCAGUUAAUCACUGGCAACUAUUAAUAUUUAAUCAAUACAAUCAUCAUCAUCAUUAUCAUCAUCAUCCUUAUAAAUAAUAUCAUCAAUCAAAUGCCAGCAACACCAACAAUUUACUGAUUUUGUUAAUUUAAUGCCCAUAAACCUAAUACCGAAUGUACUUAUUAUUAUUUAACAAUUUACCUCCAACCGUUAAUUGUUUCCUCCUCCAACAACAAUAAUCAACAAUUGGCAUUAUAUAAAUAUCUUAUUCUCUUUAUAUUUAAAUAUAUAGAUCCUUAAUUACCGUAAUAGUAAUAAUCAUCACGAUGAUCAACUUGAUCAUUACCAAUAAGAAAGUUUCAACUUAACCAAAUAAUUACAAUUAGAGUUUAAUUUUUUUAACAAACAAAAAGUUAAAAUCAACAUUAAAACAAAUCAACAAACUAA